AUGGUCUGGUUCAGGGUCAAGGUUGGCCGGGCAACCAACCCUCAAACCCUCGAAUCCUUGCCUGUCCGCGGGGCAGAGGUUCCACCACAUCUUCCGUGGCGGGGCAAAACGGCAACAACCAACACAGACCCAUCCCUAAAACGACGACUCUCAUCAAACCACAUCACAAACGCCGCUUCGAUGCUGAAACAAAACGGGCGCUCGCCUUCUGGGCAUUUCUCGCGGCUGAAGCCGGUCGACCUCGACCCGCUGGUACCAGAAUACGGCCUCCCCUCGAAAGGCGAGAAGAGACUCCUCUCCCACAAAACACAAGAAUCCUACUACUCGCUCAUUGUCUCACGCUAUCUGUCCUUCUGCACCGCCGCCGGCGACGGCGCCAACCUCCAAAAACAAUUCGCCCGCCUCUCCCUAACCUCCUCUUCGUCCACCACCACCACCUCUUCUUCCUCCCAACAACCGACGACGCUCUCCCCACUCCCACCACCCACCCAGCGAACCCAACCACAACCAAUCCAAACCCAACAGCAGCCACCCACACCCCAACACCAAUCCUCAAAGCGGCAACCCAACCUUAACCCCCGCCCAACUCCACCAACCAACAAAACACAACCAUCCCCCUCCACCACCACCACCACAGCAAAACCCCCCCCGCUACCAGCAGACGAAACGCUCCCCCAAAUCCUCUCCGCCCUGCGCAAACUCCGCGAAGGGCUCGUCGCCUCGCGCCGCCGCGACCAUUUCGCUGCCCAGGUCUACAUCUUCAGCGUGCGGCUGGGUGUGUUGGCGGGGGCGUAUGAGACGUACCACCCGGCGGGGCUGUAUCUUUUGAGGUGGCACACUGACGCUGCUGGUGGCGCUGUGGGGGGUGGGGAGGGGAGCGUUGGGGCUGGUGUUGGGGGUGGUGGGAGUUUGACGAGCGUGGAGUUGCACGAGGUGGUGGCGUAUCUGGUGCUGGACGCGGCGUGUCGGCGCGGGGAUUUGGCGGGGGCGUAUGAGCUGCGGAAUCGGCAUGGGUUGAGGGAUGGGAAGGUGGAUGCGGUGUUGGGGGCGCUGGUGGCGGAUAAUUGGGUGGUGUGGAGGCGGGUGAAGGGCCAGGUGGAUGGGUAUCGGGCGAAACUGAUGGAGUUUGCCGAGCUGAGGAUGACGGGCCACACGCACAAGGCGGUUUGGGGGGAGUAUUGGUCCGGCCGGCAGGAGUGUUGGAGGAGCAGGCGAAGUGUGGGUGGGAGAAGAUGA